AAUUUUUUCUAAAUUACAUAAAUUUUAUUUAUAUCAUAUAUUUAUCUAACUUUUACGUAAUUAUUUAUCAUGUGUAUAUCCUCAAACUAUAAAUGAAAUUUAUAAAAUAAAUAAUGUUUUGACAUUUGGGUUACGUUGGUUAUUGUUUACAUGCUAACUGAACUAUAGGUCGAAAUUUUGCAACCAACAAUGGAGUAAAAAGCAUUGCAUGACGAUAACUCCUGAAAGAAUCCUUCUUCAUUUGAUAAUUAAUUAUUAUCGGCAUAUAAAUAAUUUGAUAACAGGAUAUAAAAUAUGAAAACUGAUAAUACAUCUGAUAAGAGCAAUGAUAGUAAUGAUGUUAACACAAUAUUUGUAUCUAAUUCAUCUAAUAGUAUUACAAAUGAUAGUAAUGUAAGUGAUAUUACUAAUUUAAGUAAACGUCAUCAAAAGAAAAUUAAAAAAAAAGAAAAAUGGUUGGCAAGAAAAACCGAAAAAAGACUGAAAGAGAGAAUAAAAUUGAAGGAAAAACGUGCAUUUGCUCGAUCAAAUAAUAUUGAUCUUGGUCCAUCAAGAAAAAGCCUUAAAAAAAGUACUAUGGCAGAUAGUACUUGCGGUGUUACUAUAACAAUUGAUAUGUCAUUCGAUGAUGUAAUGAUUGACAAGGAUAUUGCUAAACUUAUAAAACAAAUACUCAGAUGUUAUUCUUUAAAUCGACGAGCUCUAGCUCCAGUACAGUUUUCUCUAACAAAUUUUAAUGGAAGAAGUCAACGUGAAAUGGAAAAGCAUAAUGGAUAUCAACAUUGGGAUGUGAAUUUUUUUUCAGACUCCUACAAAGAAAUAUAUAAAGAUAAAAACAUAAUUUAUCUUACAAGUGAAUCUGAAAAUUUUAUUGAAGCUUUAAAUGAUGACACGGUUUAUGUUAUUGGAGGUUUAGUCGAUCAUAAUUCACACAAGGGACUUUGUCAUAAACUCGCGAAAGAAUCAAAUAUUCAGCAUGGAAGACUGCCUCUUGAUAAAUUUUUAAAAAUGACAGCACGAAAAGUUCUUACUAUUGAUCAUGUAUUUGAAAUUUUAUUGCGAAUAACAGAAAAAAAAACAUGGCAAGAAGCAUUUUUACAAGUUUUACCAAUAAGAAAUAAAGUUCAACUAAUAGAACCUGAAAAAAAAAAUGAAACUGAAGUCAUACUAAAUGACAGUAUUAGUAUGUAAGGUUCACAAGCAAUCAUCAAAUUUUGUUUCAAAAAUUUAUAUUUUAUUAGAGUUUACAAUGAUAUACAAUGGUUUAUUUUGUUUUAUUGAAUCUUUCUUUUUUACUAAUAAACAUGUUUAUUUUCACAUAUGUACAUAAAUAGGUUUUCUCUUGUAUUACAUUAAAAAUACUAUAAUAGUAAACGGAAAUAGAUUAAGAAAAAUAAACUAUUACUGUAUAGUGUGUAAUUUGAUAUACUUCACUGUCUG